AUGUGCCUCUACACCUUCGCUGACCCAGACAUCGGCAGCAGCAGUAACAUCAUCGCGAACCGAGUGCCCGGCGGUGCGUGUCCGUUCGAAGCCCUGCAGCCCGACAACGAUCUCGUGUCAAGCUUGAACUCCGCCGCUUCUUUCUGGCAGCUCGGAGUUCACCUGGCCGAGGAUCCGAAUAACGCCACCACGCGCGUGCAGCUUUCAUCGAUCAGCUCCGUCUCGGCCCGUGAGUUCUUCACGAUGGCGGCUGUAAGGAACGACUCCGUUAGCGGGUCAGGCGUGACGUUCGAGAUGGUGAUACGACGUCGCGCGAAGACCAACCGGGGCAUGACGCUGUUCUCCAUCGCCAACGAGUAUGACGACUGCGUGGACUCUGGCUUUCGUCUGGAUUUGAACGAGCACCAAGUGCUAGCGUUCAUCUACUUCGUCCCUGUACUGGAGGAAGGGGGUGAAGCGGGAGUGGAAGCCUGCUACGAGCAGCGACUCUUUUCCGUAGACACUUCGGCCGCGUGCCAGCUACCGCCCCUUGUUGAGCCGGUGGAGCGUACUCCGGCCGUACAGAUCGCUGUCACGCUAGACCCCUCAAGCGAAAGGGGUCAUUGGGAAACCAGCUUCUACAUGAGCUACACAGACGCGGAUACGAUGGAGAGAGUUGACUGUGCGGUGCAUGACGAGCAACAUCCGCCCAACUCGCAGGUGCUGAACAAACUCAUUGAAGGUCGGUACCAGUUGUACUUGGGCAACAGUCGGCGCAACGUUAGUUCAGCGCGGAAACGGAAGCGGUUGGCUGCUGUUCGUGAAUUUCAACUCGUGGGGAACUCAACCAGCUUGAACGCUACGGAACGGCUGCGUGCGAUGCUUAAACAGAAGCUGACGAGCAUCAGCGGGCCACGAUUGCCUAAAGCGAUGCGCAUUUUUGGUGACAAUUCACUCUCGCUGCACAUCCUGGGGACCACUUUCUCUCCGUUGAAUGAGGACACGCCACUUGCUUAUCUGCGAAGCAAACUUGCAGAUUUCAAGGAGCAAUACGGCGACCAGAUCGUCGACUACUUGGUGAAUUUAGUGCAGAAGAAAGCGAGCAAAUCCGCGCUGUAUCAAGGUGCAGGUGGGGCGACAUUUGAUCUCUUCCACUUCGCCAUUUAUCGUCGAGUAGUGACGGAGGAGCAGGGCAACUCCAUCACAAGGCAAUUGCUAUUGCCCUCCCGCCAGUUCCCGUCCAACCAGCAAACAGUGCGAAUCCCCGAGGACUCAACAGUUCUGCUGAACCUCACCAUGUUGCACGGAGUUUUUGAUGAUUUGCGUCUGGAGCUGCGUGGAUUGCCCGAAUUCGGUCACUUGCUGCUCUUCCCGAACCAAACUCUCCACCGCAUAUUUUUCCGACCUGAACCAGACCAAAACAACGGAAAUCUCCCGCUUCCGAACCCUGUCGCGUUCUCUCGGAGACUGCAACCGUAUGCUACCGUGCGG